AUGUCACCCCUCACUCGGCGCGGCCCCGCCGCGGUCCCGUCCCUUCACCGGCGCCCCCUCAGCGGCUCCGCCCCUCCCGCCCCGCUCAGGCCAAGCUCCGCCCCCGCGCUCUCAUGGGGCGGCCGCUCCUCGCGCUCCGCGGUGUUGACAGCGCCGCCGCCUCCGAUUGGCUGCAGCGCCCGCCACUCUGCGGGGAGAUGGGCGGAGCGCCGAGGGCGGCCUCGCGGCUCCGGGACCGGGCGCGGGGACCCGGCCGAGCGCAGCGGCGCUGUCUCCGGGCGCUGCUUCAUACCCGCAUCGCUGGGAGCCCACGGCGCCCGGCAGCCGUCUCCUCCCGCGGCCGUGAGGCGACGAACAAGCGCGGCCCUGCGCCGCCCCCGCGGUUUCAUUCCAGAGAAGCCGUGUCCUCGUUUCUGUAUGAAUGUUCCAGGUUUAUUUCACUUUGCAUUCUUACUGAGAGGGGUGCAAACCCCAUCAUGGGCACAGUGGGCUUUGAGGAGGCAGCAGCUCUCUCUGCCCAGCAUUCCCUUGCUUCAGGCAGCAAGAAAAAGGAACUCUUUGAAUCUCCUUGAACUAAGUGAGGCAGAAUUAGAAGAACAGUUUGUGAGAGGUGAUGGUCCCGGAGGUCAAGCCACAAACAAGACAAACAACUGCGUUGUCCUGAAGCAUAUUCCAUCUGGGAUUGUAGUGAAGUGUCAUCAGACAAGAUCAGUGGAGAAGAACCGAAAGAUUGCCAGAGAAAUCCUGCAGGAAAAAGUUGACCUUUUCUACAAAGGUGAAGACAGUGAUGUUUUUAAAGAGAAGAAAGCAUCAGAGAAGCAAAAGCAGGAGAAAAAAAGAAGAGCAAAGGAAAACUUAGAAAGGAAAAAGCUUUUUAAAGAGAUGCAACGAUUGGAUAAGGAGAACAAAUGCAGCUGCAUUUCCUUUGUCACCAUUACUCUGAAGCCACUCCUGAAGGACAUUUUUCCUGAUUUUAUCCUGAUAACAACUCCAGCAGCUUAACCAGAACUUCUCUUUCAUUUUUGGACAGCACCCUCACCAGCUGCCACCACUUUUUAGCCUUCAACAAAGACCCAAAGCCAGAGUAUGGAUUUUGAAGGCAGCAGAAGACUUCUAAAACUUCACCUCCUUGUGCCAGAAACCGACUGUACCCUGUGCCAUGGAUGCAGCAAUCUGCUCUCCCCUUCUCUUGUCCUUUCCUAAACCCCUAUGUGAAAGUUAAAUCUUUAUCUGUUGACAGUUCUUGCUCCUGGAAUAUGAACCUGAUGAAAGUGACUGUACAUAGUUUUAAUACAAACUGUUAAUGAAAAUAAGCUUUAUUACAUCAAGUAAUAAAUACAUACAAAGAUGCAAAUAA